UCUCAUCACCCCCCCCACCCCCCGACCCCCUGCCACCAUCAUGGAGUACGAUAAAGGCGAUCUGGUGUGGUUUGACCCCGGGCUGGGCUACGUCCUGCCCGGCGAGGUCAUGGAAUUCCACCGGGCAGGUCAGGUCAUCACAGUGCAGGCGCUGAUCGGCGGGAAGUCACAAGUCUUCACGCUGACUAACUUGUCUUCAGUGCGGAGAAGACAGGAUUUAGGACCCAAUGGCGUGGAUGAUAUGAUAAGCCUGUCGGAUCUGAACGAAGCAUCGCUGUUGUGGAAUCUUAAGAUCAGAUACGACAAAGAAAUGAUAUAUGCAGAUCCUGGUGCCGUACCCUCGAUGUUGUUGUGUGGUGUCCGUCCUCGGUGCAGCCACAUCUUCGCCAUCGGCUCGGCGGCCUACUCGCGCAUGAGCAAGGACAACGUGAACCAGUGCGUCGUGAUCUCGGGCGAGUCUGGCGCCGGCAAGACCGAGUCCACGAAGCUGAUCAUGCAGUACCUGGCGGCGGUGAACAAGUCCCAGAGCAACCUCAUCACCGAGCAGAUCCUGGAGGCGUCGCCGCUGCUGGAGUCCUUCGGCAACGCCAAGACGAUCCGGAACGACAACUCGUCGCGUUUCGGGAAGUACCUCGAGGUCUUCUUCAAGGACGGCGUGAUCACGGGCGCCAAAAUCACGGAAUACCUGCUGGAGAAAUCGCGUAUCGUGACGCAGGCGCCGGAGGAGCGGAAUUACCACGUGUUCUACGAGCUGCUCGCCGGCCUCCCGCAGGAGAAGAAGGCGAAGUAUGGACUCACGACGGCCGAUAAAUAUUUCUACCUCAAUCAGGGCGGGUCGUGCCAGCGGGAGGGCAAGUACGACGGCGACGACUUCCAGGCGCUGCUCUCCGCCAUGCAGGUCCUGGGCUUCUCGACGCUGGAGCAGGACACCAUCUUCAGAAUCCUGGCGGCGGUGCUCCACCUGGGCAACGUGUACUUCCACCGCAAGCAACUGCGCCACGGGCAGGAGGGCGUAGAGAUCGGCAGCGAGGCGGAGAUCAAGUGGGCAUCUCAUCUCCUGCAGAUCGACGCUGAGGGGAUCAAGAGAGCGCUCACGACGAAGAUCACGGAGGCGAGGAACGAGAGGGUGUUCACGCCCCUGAACAUCGACCAGGCUCUGGACGCCCGCGACGCCGUGGCGAAGGCGCUGUACUCGUCCCUGUUCUCGUGGCUCGUCAGGAGGAUCAACCAGAUCAUCCACAAGGGCUCAAAGAAGACGCACAUUUCCAUUCUCGAUAUCUUUGGCUUCGAGGCUUUCAAGGAAAACAGCUUCGAGCAGCUGUGCAUCAAUUACGCCAAUGAGAAGCUGCAAUACCACUUCAACAAGCACAUCUUCAAGUUGGAGCAGCAGGAGUAUGCCAAGGAGAAGAUUGAGUGGCAGAGCAUCGAGUUCCAGGACAACCAGCCCUUGAUCGACCUGGUGGCGCGGAAGCCCGUGGGAAUCCUUCACCUUCUGGACGAUGAGAGCAACUUCCCGAAGGCGACGGAUCACUCCUUCCUCGAGAAGUGCCACUACAACCACGCCCUCAACGAGCUCUACUCUAGGCCGAGGAUGUCCUCGAUGGAGUUCGGCAUCAAGCACUACGCGGGCCAAGUGUGGUACAGCGUCGAGGGCUUUCUCGACAAGAACCGAGACACGCUCCGGAACGAUGUGGUCGAGCUCCUCAUUUCCUCGAAGCUCUCGAUGCUGUCGGAGAUGUUCCUGGACGUGCGACUGUGUUCGGAGAGCAAGACGCUGACGAAGGCGAAUGGGCGUUUCGUGACCAUGAAACCCCGCACGCCCACGGUGUCCGCCCGUUUCAACGACUCGCUCGCUCACCUCAUGGAGGGAAUGGCCAAAUGUAACCCGUGGUUCGUCCGCUGCAUCAAACCCAACAACGAGAAGGCCCCUCUCAAGCUCGACAUGCUGUGCGUUCUGGAGCAGCUGCGAUAUGCCGGCAUGCUGGAGACCAUCCGCAUUAGGCAGCAAGGGUUCCCAGUGCGGAUGCGGUUCUUGCAGUUCGCCGAGCGUUACCGGUGCCUGGUGCCCGGUCAAGUGCCCAGGGGCGCCCCCUCCAAGGAGAUCUGCCGCGUGGUUCUGGACCGCGUCUCCCGGGGUUCGAGGACCGGCUACCAGCUCGGCACGACCAAGAUCUUCCUGCGGGAGGCGCAAGAGCAGACGCUGGAGGAGGAGCGCUACAAGAGGCUGUCCAACGCCGUGGUCACGCUCCAGCGGUUCGUCAGGGGAUACCUGGCCAGGAGGAAGUUCCGCUCGCAACGCCGCAGUGCCAUCGUAGUGCAGGCGAUAGUGCGGAUGUGGCUGGAGCGCCGCCGUUACCGCACCCUCAGGCAGGGCGUCGUGAAGGCGCAGGCGCUCGCCAGGGGCCGCAUGACGCGCAGGAAGGUCGUCAAGCUCAAGGAGGAGAUGGCCCGACGCAAGAAGGCCGAGGCGCUGGCGAAGGCGAGGGCCGAGCGGGAGGCGCAGCAGACGAAGGCGGAGCAGGAGCGAGUGCAGAGAUCCGUGGCCGGAGUCAACCACCUCGAGAUUCCCGCAGAAUUGGCCUUCAUCCUCUCCAAGAUUAAUGACUGGGAGAAGCCCCAUAGAGAGAAGAACAUUCUGAGGGCCGGCGCGCCUGUCCGCCCCGCCGCCAUCCACUAUAGUCUCCCCCACGACAUCGACUAUCACCCGUUUUCUAAGUUCACCAAUGUUUACUUCAAGUCGCACCUGUGGGGCAUGAAGCGCGAGCCCAUCAAGACGCCGUUCCUGUCGAAGGCUCGCGACGCCGACUACAUCGACUCCCUGGCCGUGUUCAAGCUGAUCCUGCGCUUCAUGAACGACCACACGCUGUCGGGCGAGAGGGAGACGGUGCUCGGGAACUACAUCGCGAACAAGGGCUUGGUCAACGAGCAAUUGCAAGACGAGAUCCUGUGUCAGCUGAGCAACCAGACGUGGAAGAAUGAGAACACAGCCAAUGCAGAGAGAGGAUGGUUACUGCUGGCCAACUGCCUCUCCGUGUUCUCGCCCUCGUCCAAAUUGUACAAGUAUAUCCUCAAGUGAGUCGAUUUCUUUUUCCCCCCCAAGGCCCCGGCCAACGGAUACGCGGGCCUGUGUCAGCGGAAGCUCCUGUCGUCGCACAAGCGAUCCGGGGGCGUGGCUCGCUCCUGCCCGCCCACCGACCUCGAGUGGAGAGCCAACCGCAAGAAGGGGCGCAUGGCCCUCGAGGCGCGAUUCCCCGACGGCAAGCUUGGCACGGGCGAGGUGGACUCGUGGACCACCGCCCGGGAGUUCGCUGCCCGCCUUCUGGAGGAGCGAGGCAUCGAGGAGACCUCAGGCUGGACUGUGGCCAUCACGGAGGACGAGUCCAUGACCGAAAUCCCCGGCCUCGAGUACGUGCUCGACCUCAUCGGCGAGAGGGAACUGCCGCCCGCCUUCCCGAGGUGUACCUCCAGUUCGCUCCACUCAGGCUCCCGACCAGAACGAAGGUCGUCAGCGCCGGUGCCUCUGCCGGGGAUGGACGCCGCCGAUGGUGCGCCGCUCGAUGAGUCGCCCGUCGUGGCUAGGAGGACGCGCUCCCCGCCGCCGCUGACGAGGAAGCUCUCCCGCGAGGCCCUGGAGGCGCACGACCACGCCCUGGAGAGCGGCGGGGCUGCUGACGGCGACGGCAUGGUGGGCCUCUCGCGCACGUCGGCGCUCAACAACCGCUACUUCGAUGACAAGAGCAAAAGCCGCUCGCUCGACAACCUCCUCGACGGGCCGCCGGAUAUACAGAUGCUGGGUCUGUCGAGCAGCCGCCUGAACGAGCGGUACCACAGCGUGGAGCGGCUGGCGGAGCAGCGCGGCCUCUUCGGCAGCACGGACGGCCCUCAGGACCUGGACCACCUCGAGUCCGUGUCGCAGAGGGGCGUGGCCAAGUCCCUCUCGGGCUCGAGGACGUGGAACAAGUAUGAUUUGCUCGAGGAGAGGAACGGCGAGGACGAGGCGAAGACGGAGUACUCCCGCGUGUCGAACCGCUACGUCAAGGGCAUCCACGCGGGCCGGCGAGGCCACGGCGGCUCGCACCACUCCAGCAGGGCCUACAUCGAGCGCGAGUAUCUCAAGUCGUCCGCCAUGUCGGAUACCAGCGAGGCGCCGUCGCUCGCCUCCCACGUCCGCAGAGUCCGCGUGCCGUCGCAGGCCUCCGACGUGGACCAGUUUCUCGACGACCUGUUCAUGCCCGUGUUGAACUCCCAGCUGGACGAGCUCUCCGACGCCCGCUCCCUCGCCGCCUCCAUCAAGGGCGGCGGCAGGGCAGGAGGAGGAGGAGGAGGAGGAGGUGGUGGAGGAGGAGUGACUCGCGGGUUCGAGGUUUCGUAUGAGGACGAGGGCGACUUGGAUUAUGACGAGAGUAUUGUCUUGGCGAGAACGCGCCAAGGCUCCUUCAGAAGACAGAGCCUCCUCCAGACGCUGCAGGACGUUGACCUGAACGAGUCCCUGACGGCCCUGACCACGGCGCCCCUGCUCGAGGAGGCGCUGAAGGGCGGGGGCCAGGGCGCCGCCGAGGUCGAGACCGGGGCGCCGCCGCAGCCGGGGGCAGGCGGCGCCUUCUUCCCCAACGUGUCCCUGUCGGGGGCGCCGGGCUCGCCUCCGCCCUUCGUCAUGCCCAACACCAUGCCCCUCUACACGCCCGGAGGCGUGAGCGUCCCGGGCCUCCAGCAGCAGCAGCAGCAGCAGACACCGCAGGCCCCGAACAUGACGCCCAACCAGAUCCUCGUGUACCAGCAGAACGUCCAACGCGCCUUCCUGCAGUCCGCGGUGGCCCAGAACAUCCAGAUCCAGCAGCACCUGAUGGCGCAGAACCAGGCGCUGCAGCAGCUCCUGUCGCAGUCGGUGCCGCACAUGGGCAUGGCAUCCCGGGACUUUAACCCUCAGAGUGCCCUCGGCCUAAAUAUACUUGGCAUGAUGUCCAUGUCAGGCUUGCCCAUGGCGGCUGGCAUGCCCUUGUCGGGGAUGCCGGGCUUGUCAGGGAUGCCCAUGGCUUCUGGAAUGCCCAUGACGCCGGCAAUGACCAUGGCAGCGGGUAUGGCCAUGUCACCAGGCAUGCCGAUGGCCUCUGGUAUGCCCGCGGGCUUAUCUGUGUCAUCUGGCAUGCCCAUGACGACUGGCGUGCCCAUGUCCCCUGGGCUUCCCACGACGCCAGUGCCCCCUGCGGGCAUGAAUGGCAUCGCAGGCUUGGCAGGCGUCCCGGGCAUGACAGGGACCCCAGAUGAACCCCAGGUUGGCAGGGCUCACUACCGGGUGGGCGGGGACACGUACUCGCUCCCCCAGAGGCGCGGCGUCGGCAGCAGCAACAAGGUGUCGUUCCAAGAGCCCGAGCAGAGCGAGCUGUGGAGCACCGAGAAGGCCGGGAGCGCCGAAGGAGGCAAGGAAGGGACGCCAGGAGGGAGCCAGAGACCCGCCGUCCCCUCGAUGUCCCCGCCUCCGCCCUUGGUGAUGCUGAGUCCGGGCAGCUCGGCGCCGAUGUUCUCGCAGGCGGCGGCCCUGUCCUCGCCCGUGCAGGACCAGUCGUCCAAGAAGACCUCGAACGCCUCCGACGACGCCAAGAUGUUCCACGACUUUAGCAUAGGACCUGGGUCUCCGGGCUCGCUUGGCUCGCCUCCAGGAAACGCCUUCGGAGCCACCGAGUCUCCGUGGGGGGGCGUGGUGCCGCCUCCCCCACCCAUGCCGACGCACCUGCAAGGGGAGGAUGGACAGGGUGGCUUCAUGGACCCUUACCAGCGGGCCAAGACCGUCAGGAUAGGCAAGUGGCGCUGGCCCCCUCCCAAGGGCGAGGAGGACCCCAACGACUCCUUCCUGCAGUUCAAGAUCAGGCAGCAGAGCAGGAGGACCUCGAAGCAGAGCGACGGAAGGGACUCGCAGCGCCCGAGCCGCGACGAGAGCUUCGGCGUGGAGUGGGAGGAGUUCGAGAUGGGCGGCAUCCCGAGCAGCGCCGAGCAGAGCCCCCGCAAGGACAGCCACGAGAAGAUGCAGCUGCACAUGCAACAGAUGCAGAUGGAGGGACAGGCGCAGCAGCAGACCAAUGGCUUCGGCCCCAUAUCCCCGAGGGACGACGCGACGGACGGCAAGGAGAAGGAGAAGGGCGCCCCACGCCGGCGGAGGGACUCGUGGGACAACCCGAUGGACGAGGGGAAGGCGCCCGGCAUCGGGAAGCUGAAGAUCUCGCGCGAGAUGAGGGAGAAGCUGGAGGCGCUCACGUCGUCGCAUCCGUCCAGAUCCAAGAAGAGCCCGACGCAGAAGCAGACGCGCGGCGUCCCCAAGAAGCUGGAGGCGCACCGCCAGUACCUCCUUCAGCACCAGCUGGAGGGCGACAAAUGGGACACGGUGGACUCGUCGAAGGGCGAGAAGGGCGCCGUGCCCCCGCCGCCGCCGCCCGUCGCCCCGCCCAGCGCCUUCUCGGGCAGCUCCUUGCGGGCCGACGCCAGGGCCCGCCGCUCCAGGUCGCCGGACCCGUCGGAGGGGUCGCAGGAGAGCUCGCCGGUCAUCCCGCAGCCGAGGUCGCCGCCGCCGCCCAUCCAGCCGGCGGCCUUCCGCGGCGGCAUCGAGCUGCGCGUCGAGGCCGCCGAGCGCCGCACCUCCGUGUCCACCAUGCACACCGAGAAGACGGAGCAUUUCGAGCUUGCAAAAAUUCCCAAUUCCCAGUUGCAAAAAUUCCCAAUUCCCAGUUGCAAAAAUUCCCAAUUCCCAGUUGCAAAAAUUCCCAAUUCCCGUUUGCAAAAUUCCCAAUUCCCAGUUACAAAAAUUCCCAAUUCCCGGUUGCAAAAAUUCCCAAAUCCCAGUUACAAAAAUUCCCAAAUCCCAGUUGCAAAAAUUCCCAAUUCCCGGUUGCAAAAUUCCCAAUUCCCAGUUACAAAAAUUCCCAAUUCCCGGUUGCAACAUUUCCCAAUUCCCGGUUGCAAAAAAUCCCAAUUCCCAGUUGCAAAACGUUCUCCCCUCCCGCAGGUGUUCGCCCCAGGGGAGACGCUGCACGGGGAGGCCCUCCACCUGGUCUUCUGCCAGGUGGUGCUCGACGUGUACGCAGGAAACACGCCCAGGAUCACGCACGAACAGCGCACGCACAUGAGGAAGAUCAUGGACAACCGCGGCAUCACCCCCAACAACACGUUCUCGCAGCACCACAAGACGAACGUGAAGCGCGAGAUCGUCGACUUGGCCAAGUCUUGGCCGCUGUACUUUGCCGCCAUUUUCCCUGUUACGGGUUCGCGCAAGUCCGGCGAGGUGGAGCUGGUGGCGGUGUCUCACUCCGGCGUCCGCCUCCUGCGCCGCGACCACAACCACCUCUCCGUCCUCAACUCGUACAGUUUCCAUUUCAAAGAUGGACACACUCCCUCAGAACUAGCAGUCGACUCUCCCUUAGAACUAGCAGUCGACUCUCCCUCGGAACUAGCAGUCGACACUCCCUCAGAACUAGCAGUCCACACUCCCUCAGAACUAGCUGUCCACACUCCCUCAGAACUAGCAAUCGACACUCCCUCAGAACUAGCUGUCCACACUCCCUCAGAACUAGCAAUCGACACUCCCUCGGAACUAGCAAUCGACACUCCCUCAGAACUAGCAGUCGACACUCCCUCAGAACUAGCAAUCGAGACUCACUCAGAACUAGCAAUCGACACUCCCUCAGAACUAGCAAUCGAGACUCCCUCAGAGCUAGCAAUCGACACUCCCUCGGAACUAGCAAUCGAGACUCCCUCAGAACUAGCAAUCGACACUCCCUCAGAACUAGCAAUCGAGACUCCCUCAGAGCUAGCAAUCGACACUCCCUCAGAACUAGCAAUCGAGACUCCCUCAGAGCUAGCAAUCGACACUCCCUCGGAACUAGCAAUCGACACUCCCUCAGAACUAGCAAUCGACACUCCCUCAGAACUAGCAGUCGACACUCCCUCAGAACUAGCAGUUGACACUCCCUCAGAACUAGCAAUCGACACUCCCUCAGAACUAGCAAUCGACACUCCCUCGGAACUAGCAAUCGACACUCCCUCAGAACUAGCAAUCGACACUCACUCAGAACUAGCAAUCGACACUCCCUCAGAACUAGCAAUCGAGACUCCCUCAGAGCUAGCAAUCGACACUCCCUCAGAGCUAGCAAUCGAGACUCCCUCAGAGCUAGCAAUCGACACUCCCUCAGAACUAGCAAUCGAGACUCCCUCAGAGCUAGCAAUCGACACUCCCUCGGAACUAGCAAUCGACACUCCCUCAGAGCUAGCAGUUGACACUCCCUCAGAACUAGCAGUUGACACUCCUUCAGAACUAGCAAUCGAGACUCCCUCAGAGCUAGCAAUCGACACUCCCUCAGAACUAGCAAUCGAGUCUCCCUCAGAGCUAGCAAUCGACACUCCCUCAGAACUAGCAAUCGAGACUCCCUCAGAGCUAGCAAUCGACACUCCCUCGGAACUAGCAAUCGACACUCCCUCAGAACUAGCAUCGACACUCCCUCAGAACUAG